AAACCACUAUUCUUCUCCUGUUAAAAAAACAAACCCAUGGCCACGAAAUCCUUGUUAAUAAAAGUUUUAGGCUUCCCUUAAAAUACUAGAAAUGGUGAGAACGUAUUCAUGAAAUUUCCCUUCUCUUGCAUUCCAUCUUAUUCAUACAUCAAAUUGCAUUCUCAAUUAUAUGAUUGGGAUCACCAGCUUCAAAAAGGAAAAUUUGUUGGAUUGAAUCGGACAAAAGUAAGCUUCCUGAAAUUUCUUAAAAAUUGACAUGAUUACAUAUACGAUACCCUUCAUGUAGAAGAAUAAAAGUCGUUGAAAUGGUACUAACAUUUACAUAAUAUAACCCGUAUAUUAGACUUCUUUUUUAUUUUGAUAAACCUGAAGAUUUAAUGCAAAUCUUAUGAUCUUAAAAUUCUUAAGUUUCGUUAGCAAUGGACAUGCUUCUCUUUGAAGACGCAAUAAUUUUACACGAAAAUGUAAGCUCUUGGAACUAUCCGUUUCCUAUAUCGGUUUAUUUUUGUUUGUAACUUGUUAACCGACUCGUUUUCCCGAAGAUGAAUAUCUCAACAAGUUUUCUUCUUUUUUCGUGGAAACCUCUUCAAAAAUUUAUGACCCAGACCAGAUAUGAAUAAGCUACCUGUGGAAAAUUGAUAAAUAAAUGAAAAGUAAGGAUUAAGGAACAACUAUGAUUUUUUUGGGGGGUUCGUUUUUCCUUGGACAAUGGGCUUUAGCAUAAAUGAAUUCGAGGCUGUUUAGUUUAGAUUGAAAGAAUCUUCAACGGAUGACUUUCCAUAUCUGAUAUCUUGCCUUGAGCCUUUAAUCAAAUAGUUCAAUUAGGAGAGAAAAACCCAGAAAUUGAGGAAAGAGUGAGAGAAAAAUAUCCAAUUAGGGGAAAGGAGAGAUGGAGGUUGGGUACAGUAUCAUCACAUCGUUUGUGUUCUUUCUCUUGGUCAACCUGUCUUUGCCACGUUUCACUGAAUCAUUACCACGAUGUAAAGCUUGGUUGGUCCAAUCAAUCCCAACGGAUAUGCCUCAUCUCCUUCGUGUCCCUGGUGUCCUUUCUACUGGUGAUGUGUUUAACUGGUUGGCUUACAACUCUACGGACAAACUAGAUAUAAUAGCUCAGUAUUGGCAGUUAAAAGCACAUCCGGAGGAUUCUCGUUCAGGGGAGUAUGGGUACUCAAAGGAUGAUAUGAAUCGUUUUGGUGCCCAUCAAGGUUUUUCUGUUUAUAAAGCUCUGGAAAAUGCAGCUGAUCGAGAUGUUGAUAUCAGGUUACUACAGCACUAUGGAGUGUAUCCUGACUACACUGAAGAGCCAACCAGCCUUGCUUCAAGAAGACCAAAUGUCAAGAGUGUGACUUUAUUACUUGAUAAAUGGUGGGGUUCAGGCGUUGUCCAUGCAAAAGUUUGGAUAUCAGAUAAUCGAGAUGUAUAUAUAGGAUCUGCAAACAAUGACUGGAAAUCUCUUACUCAGGUGAAGGAACUUGGAAUUUAUCUUGUUGGUUGUCCAAAAGUAGCAAGAAAGGUUGGGGUCUACUUUCAGAAUCUAUGGAGACUUGCACAUCUUAAUGUUUCAACUUACACAACAACAAUAUUAGACCAACAAUGGCAGAUUCAAAGAAAAGUUCCCUGCUGGUCACAUUUCAUUGAGUCUGACAUGAGAUGCACUUCACCACUUCCUCGUUUUGUGGAGAUUCCAUUUGUGGCUGGCUAUCCUACAUUAUCAGACCCUAAAAUAUUGAAAUUGAUUAUUGAUGCUCCUGGAUAUGGUUAUAUAAGUCCAGUGCCUCAAUCAAGCUAUCUGUCGUUUGCUCCACCAGAGCUGUCAUUUGGCAGGUUCCAGCCCGAUGAACAGGGAUGGCUAGAUACAAUUAAAUCUGUUGGGGACGGAGGGACUGUAAGGAUCAGUACUAUGGAUUGGCUUGGUCAAUCCCAAUAUACGAAGCAAAAAGUUUAUUGGUCAUCUCUUUCAACUGCUGUCUCAGAGGUUGUCUUCUCCAAGCAUGCAAAAGUGAAGAUACUGGUAGCAUACUGGGCACAUUUUAUCAACAACACUGAUCUCUACCUCAAAUCACUUCUCUACUCCAAUGUCCUCUGCUCUUCUUCACAGAACAAUAAAUGUUCAGGCAAAGUCGAGAUUAAGUACUAUAAGGUGCCAGGUUACAACUUGACCGGACCUGCCAUUGUCAAAGGAAAGCGUACUGGGAAUAUCUACCCGGCCUACACCAGAGUCAAUCAUGGUAAAUAUGCUGUUAGUGACGUGCUUGCUCACAUCGGUACCAGCAACCUCGUUUGGGAUUACUUCUAUACAACAGCCGGUGUCAGCUUCGGGACGUAUAAUCCUGCCAUUGUUUCACAGCUUCAAGAAAUCUUCGAUGCGGAUUGGAAUUCGCCCUAUGCUGUUCCUGUUCAGGAGUUGAGUGAUGGUCAUGCUUAUUCCAGUUGAUGAUCAGUUGAUUUUGCUGUAGUAAGCUAGUUCGAAAACAACGAAAUUGAUUUCUUGUAAUAGCCACUUCACCCAGACAGAAUCCAUUUGCUUUAAAUUGAUCAUCUCUAAGCUUUGAUACUUAUUUACCCCAGAAAUUUGUAAUGACAAUCAAUACUUCACCUUUGUUCGUUUGUUGCACUGGAAAAAAACAUGAUUGGAAUUUAAUUUCUAUAAUGCGGUAGACGUAUCCAAGCUUUGCCCAGGCCUAAUGCCUUCCCCUAAUGA